UAAUAAUAAUGGCAUGAUUUUGAGGCGUGGACGAAGCAUUUUCACCUUAUAUUAUCCUCCCCCAAACCAAACUGUAUCGGAACAGCAUAUCGCCGAACCGUACACAUCGCCGAACCGUACACACUCCUGAAUCGCUCUGCUUUUGUGGCGGCGUAGGUUAAUUUUGUUAUGGGAAACAAAGUGGGGAAGCAAGAAAGGGAAGAUGUGAUAUUGCUGAAGAUUGUACCUCCUUUGGAUCAAGCAUAUGUUAAAUGGCUUGCCAGAGAUGUUGCAAGAAUUCACGGCUUCACACCAAAACGUGUUCGUGCAGUGAAACCACCAGAUCAUUAUGUUGAGUAUAUGAAGUUGAAUGGGUUGUUGGAUGUGGAUUUGGAUGAUCCUGAUAUUGCUCACUUGUUCAAGUAGAUAAUUUCUGUAUGUCAGCCAUAUAGACAAUUGGCAUGAGUUGUUGCAGCUGCAAUUAUGGUUGUAUUAAAUUGUGUGUGUGAGAUAGAUGGUGGACAAAUAGACACAAUGUUGCUUUUGGCUAUAAAAUUCAUCUGGAAACUGUUGAAUUUUGAAAUCCUUGGUGUUGAUCCCCAGUGGGUGCAGAAAUAUGCAGUACGGAAAGAAUCCAAAUUACUUGUAGAAAUUACAUUAAGCAUGACUGGUCAUACACUCUUGAUUAGUGUAUAAUCGAUCAGACAUCAUAUAAUUUAUAAGAGUUUGUAAAC